CAGGCCGACACACGCCUUCCAGCGGUCAUGUCAGCAGAGCACAGACCUGAAAACAGGUUCCUGACAGAAGAGCAGCGCUGCUGAGAUAACAUGAGAGGAUACAGAGGCAUCAAGUACACUUUGUUCAUCUUCUGCUACUUCUUCUGGGUUGUCAGCGCCAUCCUGACAGCGGUGGGGAUCUACGCCAUGGUCGCCAAGGAGAAAGAUGUAGUCGACACUCUAACGGUGGAUCCGGCGCUGCUGCUGGUCGUCGUCGGAUCGUUGAUGUUUCUCGUCACCUUCCUGGGAUGUUUCGGGGCGCUGCGUAACGCCACCUGCCUGCUAAAGACGUUCUUGGCGAUCCUCGCUGUCGUCUUCCUCCUGCAGAUUGCAGCUGGAGCCGUAGGAUACGUUUUUACUGACAUGGUGAUGAAAAGGACAGAGAAGCUGAUGAUGAAGACCAUUGUCCACUACAGAGAGGAUCGGGACCUGGAGAACGCCAUCGACUACAUACAGAAAAAGUUCAAGUGUUGUGGAGUAGAUGAUUAUAAGGACUGGUCCAACAAUGUUUACUUUGAGUGUUCGGAGAACAAUCCCAGUCUGGAAGCCUGUGGAGUUCCCUUCUCAUGUUGCCGUCACCAGGAAAACCAGACGGUGCUGAACACCAUGUGUGGUUACGGGAUGCAGGAGGAGCAGGAAGACUCGGCCAACAAGCACAUCUUCACCUUCGGCUGUCUGGAUAAGAUCAUCAUGUGGGGCAAGAAGAACCUGCUGCUGGUGGCCGGGCUGACAGGUGGCCUUCUGCUGCUCGAGGUCUGCAUGAUGAUCCUGGCUGGUGCUCAGAUCGCCUGGAUACAGAAAGUCCAACGGAGACAGAGAGAAAGCGACGCCCGGAGCAGAGACGACAGGAAGGAGAGACUCUGGUUUCCUGCCUUUGCAGACUUUGACGACGAAUAAACUCGACUGAUGAAAGGCUGCGAACGUGCAGAAGCUUCCGCAUCAGCACUGUGAAUUCCAGGAGACGGUUUAACUACCGGGAGAACAGAAAUGUUCUCUCUGAGUCUAAAGAGAACUUUUGUUAAAGCUUUCUGAGGCGAAUCGCUGCACAAACGUCUGUGAAACCUUAAAAGCUGAAAAAUAUCUCAAAGAACCAAAGCCCAGGAGCCAGAAUGUUCUGUGAAGUUGUUGAUUUAACAUGUUGGACAGAAAGUCUAACAACGCUCCUCAUCGGAGAGUUUCCCUCCUCAGGAAAGCAAAACGGAACCAGGAAGAUGAACAGAAAUGUCUGUGUGGAACAAGCCUUUAAAAUGAGAACUGAGGUUCUGGGAGGUGUUCUGGUCUCCUUCAGGUUGGACCUCCACCACGACCCCCUGCUGGAGACCUUCCUGAUCCCACUUGUUCCUCCUGCGCUCACUAAAUCAUCAUUCUGCCUUUAAUCUGAGGUGGAUUAGCAGCAGAAACACGUGCAGCAGCUUGUUGCUGCAAAGAUGCAGUCAUGUGCUCCUUCACGCUCGCUUUAUUGGAUUAAUGACCUCAGGGUGAAGAAGUGUGUGGGUCUGUGUGUCCAGGCCGACUCUGUUCACACGCGUGAACUGGACCACAGAGCCGUUCAAGAAGGCGGCCUGAGCUGAUAUUUAGGUCCACUUUAUGUCUCUUACCUGGGAAACCACCAGGAUGCAUUGUGGGAAGAAGGCUGGCCAUAGAGGUACAGGAGU